GCCUUGUGACUCCAUCCCUCCGUGCAGUCGCAGCUCCUCAGCCAUGAUGUGUGCAGCGUUCCUCGGCCUCCUCUUGGCAUGCGCAGUGUCUCUUAGCAGCUCUGCGCCAGUCCUAGACAAUGGCAUGCCCCUCAUGUGGUCGCAAACGGUCGACCAAGUGUCUGCCCUGCCGAAACAGAAUGACGUGGUGACCCCCGACCCGUGGACAUUCGUUAACCGCAUGAGCCUUUACCGGCUGUUGAUCGCUGCCACAGACCCGUAUAUGGGAUGCAUGGGGACAAACGCCACAGACAGUCCAGUGUGGGGACUGCCACUGCAGCUUGCAUGGAUGAAAUCCUCAGGGCGUCUCGCUGAUCCAACCGGUGCUACGACCUGCGGCCUGGAAACUGGAGAUGCUUCGUGUAUUUCUCCUCAGAGCUGGUGGUCCUGUGUGAACUACUUUGUGUCUGCACUGCCCUUCCUGUCUGCUGCACAGCAAGGCCUCAUGGGAGCAGACGUCCAGGUCACGAUGCAGGUACCUGAAGGCGUCGAAGGCUAUUGCACUACAUAUACCGAGUGUGCAGCGAGCUACCCUGACGUCAUGACCAAGUGGGACGCCUUUUUCCAGGCUCUGAAGGGUGCAAAUGAAAAUCCUCAACCCAACGAUGAGAAGAAAGACACUCUCCUUGGUCUCUACUGGGAGGCCCUGGCUUCAACCUAUGCCUCUGCUGCAUGCAAGGCCAAGCAGAGCCACCUCUCCUCUGUAGAGGUGUCAUUUGCAAACAGCUGGCUGAACUCAGCCGAGUACGUUUCUGCGGCACACUUCCAAUCCAGUUUGACGAAAUCUGCGAUGUUCAUUGCGCCCCUCCCAAGUCGCGUUUUAAAGGUCGGCGACAAUGCGCCUAACAUAGCUGAUAUGACCAAGGAAGAGAACCACACACUGUCUACCUUCUCCUGGAUGAAUUACAUCAACAAUCUACUGGGUGGGUCACUGGUGUCUUCCUGGAAACGUGCCAUGUGCUCAGUGGACACAAGAGCCAAAGGAAGAGAGAUGCUGGAGCAGCUCCUACUGAAUCCCAGCUACGCCACGUCCACUUUCAUGUCCAUCGUAACAGGAAUGAGUGGCUGCUGAGACCUCCAGGUGCUCUCUUGUGCACUCUUGUGGAUAUACUGUCCCCCAGUAAAGCUUCAGAAAACA